AUGGAAGGUGAUGAUGCAGCAAAAAUCCCUAAUGUCGACUCACUUGAGGCUAAAUUAUCAAAUUUGAGCGACAAUUCUGAUCCUGUUAAAGGGAGCCAUCUUCCUGUGGCCAGAGUGAAAAAGAUAAUGAAAGAAACCGAACAUCAGGGUAUGAUUUCUUCUGAUGCUCCUGUGAUACUAGCUAAAGCUUGUGAAAUGUUAAUAAGGGACCUUACUUUGCAGUCUUGGAAUUGUACUCAAAUGACAAAAAGGUGCACAUUACAGAGACAAGACAUAAAGAGUGCAAUUUUUAACAGUAACAUAUACAAUUUUCUGUAUGACAUAUUAACACCUGAGGAUCUCAAACCCAUUAUGGAAACUCAAACUGAAUUACCAACCACCUAUUUAUCUUCACGUCAUAAUCAAAAAAUUCCAAACAAUUCUCGUCCUUCAUUUAAUUCAACUGCAGGCUUAAAGCCUUGUGGUUUUAAAGGACCUUAUCCCAAAGAAGGUUAUUCUCACCUUAGGAACAAAAUUGCACAUCCGUACCCUGACUUUAGGCAAGGAUACAGCUUAAUCCAAAAUAACAAGAUUAAUGAAGGCUAUCCAAAUGUUAAUUCCAAUAAUUAUUUUGAUCAAAAUUUCAACUUCGACUUUCACGACCUAAGCUACUCCUCAUUUCCACAGUACAGAUCUAGUCCAAACUUCAUUUCAGGCCAGAAAUUAUACCCCAAUUCAUUCAAAGAACCCAAGAUGAACACUCAGUCACACUUGUAA